UGUCGCGUGCAAACAGGUGCUAGGAUUUCGCUAUCGAUGACUUGAAAGCUCACAUGAAACAUAUUUUACAUCUUUUAUUCUCAUAGAUGUUCAAUAUGGUUGACAAAAAGUACACAAUUUCAUAUAGGUAAAUUAUAAACAACAUGUGCAAGUAAAACGGAAGUUGAUCACUCAGCGUACGCACGUGAGUCAUGCACUGCAAUGAUCAUUAAUUAGAUUUAUCAUGUGAGCUUUAAAAAAUAUCCGUUUGGAGGAAAUCUUCGACAAUCAGCAAUAAAAUGGAAAACUUGGUGAAUUUUCAGAUACCUGAAUAACAAUAAUUAAUGGAAAAUAAUAUAUUGAAAUAUUGAGGUACCGGAAACAAGACAAAAUGUUAUAAUGUUACCAACAAAAUAACCAAAAACCAAACGAUAUCCAUGUCGAACCACUUAACCAGUUUUAAUGCGAUGUGCAAAAACGAAAGUAAAAAAUGUUACGGAGAUGAAGAUGGCAAUGAAAAACUUACAAGCCCAAUGAUAUUUUUUUUAUAUGGUAUGUUGCUUACGGUAAUUGGCAUUGUGGGUUUGAUCGGGAAUGGCUUAGUUCUCAUCGUAUUUACCAGGUUUAGAAGGUUAAAAGGUCCGUUUUCAACAUUUGUAUUAAAUUUGGCCACUGCCGAUUUUGCUACUUCGAUCUUACAUUUCAUGUCAGCCGUAUCAUCAUUCAAACACGAAUGGAUCUUUGACGAUAUAGGAUGCACAAUAUAUGCUUUCGGAGUGGGACAGUUUGGAUUGGUAUCGAUUGUCACUCUUUCUACCAUAGCGAUUGAAAGGUACCUAGUGAUCACAGCGAAACCCGUGUCGGGGUCUUGGAAGUUAACACGACAGGGUGCAACGAGAGUGUGUGCGUUUGUAUGGAUAUACUGUUUAUCAAUUACAUUGCCACCGAUUUUCGGUUGGUCAAAAUACGUAUUGGAAGGAUUCAAUACAUCAUGUUCGUGGGACUAUACCACCAGAACCGUUUCAAAUCGGUUAUUUUACAUCUACAUGUUGGUACUAGGAUUUAUUUUGCCGGUCUCCAUCAUUACAUAUUGCUAUACAUUCAUUAUUGUGUCAAUACUCGACCACAAUAAAGAAAUGGCUGAUUGUAACACCAACAUAGGACCGUUGGGCACAGAGAAUUGGGAUUAUAGAUUAGCAUUAAAUGUCACCAGACGAGGUCAAGCGGUACCCAUUCGAUCUAUUCUGAGAACGUCAUAUAUAAUCUUAAUCCUUAUUGGAUUAUUUAUAGCUUCUUGGACUCCGUAUGCUAUGGUCACGUUUGUUGGUCAAUUUGGAGACAGUCAAACAAAGAUAGAGCCGUGGAUUUCUGCUCUUCCAGCCAUAUGUGCUAAGGCGUCUGUGGUGUACAAUCCCAUAGUGUACGGUCUCUCUCAUCCACAUUUCCGGUCAUCAAUCCGGAACUACAUAUCAGGCUGUACGACGGUAGGCCACAGUCACACUGAGCUCUGCACCCCAGGACGUAAUCAGCGGUUAGCGACGAACAAGAGCCUGAACCGAUUCGCUUUGCUCACCGGACAGGACCGAAAUCGAGCGAACGUCGUCGAACUGAAAUGUGUUCGUCACCGAAGAAUGCCUCCGGACUCGAAUUUGAUUUGCAUGGACUACUACAGCGAACCCGACUGCCGGAGCUUGACAUUGACAAUGGAACCAAACCGAGGCUCGGCGAUCAUCAAAAUCGACAAAGUGCCAUUUAAAGUCGUCAUGUCCACUAUCAGAAGUAAAAGCGAAAACGGGAAAAUAAACACGAUAACUGAGAAAACAGUUUGUUCCGAAGAAUCAACUGAAAAUCAAAAUGAAGAAGUAAAAAAAAAACAGCAUAUCUGAUCAGUUUGUAUUCGAUUUUUAAUGUUCAUAAUAUACUUAAAAAUUUUAUUAUUUCUAGAAUUUAAAUUUUAAUCAGUGCUAAAUAAUAUUUAGAUGUUCAUGGUAAUAAUUUUAUCUGUAUUGUUAAUAAAUUAUAUGAUAGAAUCAAUGUCAUUGUAAUUUUUGGACUGACCAGGGUCAGUAUGUAAUAAGAACAUAAAUAAUUAUAGAUUUAAUUUUAUCACCCAAAUAAAUUAUAUUAUUAUAGAAU